GAAACUUUUUGGAAGAAAUUGACGUUCAUGACGUACCAGUGUGGUAUAGUUUAUAUUAUAUCGUUGGCACCUGAUUGAACCUCAUCGGCCAGGUUUGCAGUUAGUGGGUGCAGGGUUGGCUUGAAAAUAUUUCCAGGCACUCAAUAGGUUAUCUUCAAGAAUAAAAGCUACGCGGAAAUUUCGAUUCCGGCUACAAACCCGUUCGAAUUUGGGGAAAUGCGAGCACUGACAGCGGCGACGAUAGUGCUGACCUUCGGGUGUCUGGCCUAUGGAGGAGUCCAGGACAACACCGUCGACGAUGAUUGCGACUUACCGGAAUCGCUCCUCGAAGAGAUCCGUGCUUACAAACCCACGACCGAUAAGAUUAUCAAUUCCCUUACGAACGGGAUAUUCAAGGGGGCGACUUACAAUGAGCUGGCAAAAUUCGUUGAUAAGUUCGGCGCCAGGUUAUCUGGAACGCAGAACUUGGAAGACGCAAUCGAUUACGUGCUGGAUCUGAUGAAACAGAAUAACCUGGAGAACGUCCACGGGGAAGAAGUCCAGGUACCACACUGGGAAAGAGUGUCGGAAUCGGCAGAACUUCUCGAGCCAAGACGCGCGAAGAUUCCCGUUUUAGGGUUGGGUUCGUCAGUAAGCACACCCUCGGACGGCAUAGAAGCCGAAGUGGUGGUGGUUCGAACCUUCGACGAGCUACUUCAACAAAAUUUUUCCCAAGCGGUCAAAGGCAAGAUCGUCGUGUUUAAUGAGGAGUACAGCACUUACGGCAACACCGUGAGGUAUAGGUCCCAAGGUGCUUCGCAAGCGUCCAAACUGGGAGCAGUAGCCGCCCUCGUAAGGUCAGUCACACCGUAUUCAAUGUCGACUUUGCAUACGGGUGCUCAAGCUUACGAAGAUGGGGUAACCAAAAUUCCGGUCGCAUCUAUCACCAAGGAAGACGCUAGGAUGUUCCAGAGAUUGCAGGAUCGAGGAGAAAAGAUAGUUAUCAGGCUUAAUCUUCAAUACGUUUCGUAUCCGGACUCCCCCUCCAGGAACUCAGUUGGAGAAAUAAUAGGAAGUAGUCUACCGCGGAAAGUGGUUUUGGUCUCCGGUCAUAUAGACAGUUGGGACGUGGGGGUGGGAGCGAUGGACGACGGCGGCGGAGCUUUUAUAUCUUGGUAUUCGUUAGUCGUCUUGAAAGCUCUUGGCCUCAGAGCGAAAAGAACCCUGAGAGCGGUGUUGUGGACUGCUGAGGAACCCGGAUUGGUAGGUUGGGAGGGCUACAACGAAGCCCACCUCAACGAGCUGAACGACUUUACGUUCGUGAUGGAAUCCGACGAAGGUACGUUCACCCCUUUGGGUAUCGAAUACGCAGCUGGCAAAAGAGGCGGAUGCGUUAUCCAAGAAAUCGCAAAGCUCCUCGCCCCCAUCAACGCUACCCAGACCGAGGCCAGCUCUGGGGUGGGAUCUGACAUCACCUCGUGGACGACGUCGUUGAUUCCUGGAGCCAGCCUGCUCAACGAUAACGAAAAGUACUUUUGGUUCCACCACACCAUGGCGGAUACUAUGGACGUUUUAGAUCCGGACGCGCUCGACAAAGCGACCGCCCUCUGGGCGGUGGUCUCUUACGUCAUUGCCGAUCUGUCGAUAGAGUUCCCCAGGGAGAGAGACAACCUGCGAGACCUGAGCAAUUCGUUGCUUUUGAAAGCGAUGAGGGACAGUAUUAAAAACAAACACUAGGGUGUAAUAAAAUUGUUUUUUUUUCUAUUACCUUCGACCGAUAUUAGCCUCUAAAAUCCUCUGACGGGCGUGCAAGAAAACACAUGAAUAUAUUGGUUCAAUAUAUAUUUUCUAAACAUGGAAACAUAUUUUUUUAGCAGCAAUUUAAGAAAAUUAACUUUUAUUGUUGACACCAUCUUAAACAACUUAAUUUUUUAUGGUAGGUAUCCAAAUAAAUAACUUUGAAUAUUAGGAAAUUAUUGUUAAUUGAAUUGAAUUAAAAUAAGUUGUUUAAAAAACAGUUUCGCUGCUUAUAAGUUUUCUAACAAUUACGUACUUAGGAAUGUAAAUAUUUAAGGGAGCGAUUAACAUAUAAAACGAACCAAAACUGGAAUAUUUUUAUAAAACUUCUGGAUUCCUCCUGCGUCGGUUUUUGUUGACUCGAACUAGCUAACGUUUCGCCAACCAUCCUGUUGGCUUCUUCAGAGCUUGACUGAAAAUGGCUCGCAUUUUACUCUGCUUUUAUAUUGUUUGAGGGCGGCGGAGCUAAAUGAUGGAAACGCUGCGUCGAUUAUACUUUUGUUAUUUGGCCUCAUGGUCAGAAAUCCCUAGUAGAUUUUCUUAGACAUUCAAACUCUAUACACCUUAACAUACUUCUUACCAUUGAAAUAGAAAUUAAUAACAAUCUCCCAUUCUUCGAUAUUCUUAUCAAUAGAAAAUCAGACCUAACAUUGGGUCAUUUUGUUUACAGGAAACCUACGCUUGUCACAUCACCAUCGGGCCCCGAAAAUCAUCGGUUAUCAACAGAGCCGUAAAACCAUCUUACCUCUGCUCUUCUCUCUAAUAAUUUCCACAUUAAAGAUAUUAAGCGUUCCAUCGCAAAAUACACGUCACCACACCCUUCUAAUAGCAAUGAGCUCGAAAGCAAUUCCACACUGGCUACUGUUGUCCUUCCUUACAUUCAAAACAUCACUGAACACACAUCAAAAGUUCUAAAGAAAUAUAAGGUCAAAACCUAACAUUCUUAACCGCGACUCAGGUACCUGUCACCAAUAUGGGAAUCAUUUAGCUCCGCCCACCUCAAACAAUAUAAAAGCAGGUACAGAGUAAAAUGCGAGCCAGUUU